AUGAUAGAUGAAAGUUUGAAAACGAGGAGAGCGGAUCCAUGCGCCAAAUACAGAAAAGCGGCAGCAUGCUUUCCCGUGCGCUACUCCAUACCCUUGAAGGGAGACGAUGAAUACGUGUUCGCAGUCACGGUUGGCCUCGGCACACCUCCAACAACAAACUCCCUCAUUCUCGACUCCACCACCGACAUUAUGGACAAACUUAGCCUACACCCAAUUGCUAACUCUAAACUGCCUGCAGAUAAGGAUAUUCUGUUUGGGUGUAGCCAAGCCAGUUGGGGAGAAGUUGUUGGUGCUGAAGCCGGAUUUAUGGGACUCGGCACAGGCAACUUGUCCAUUGUCUCCCAAACUGCUGCAAACAGCUACUUCUCCUACUGCCUCCCUUCCAACACCUUCUCCCAAGGCUUUCUUGCACUUGGAAAUAAGGGUAGUUUUGAUAAAUAUAACAAUACCAAAUUCACACCCUUAUUAAGUACCAGCCCGAACGAUUACAGAUAUAGUUCGAGUUACUUCAUCGACACUAUCUCUAUAGCCGUGGACGGAUGCAAGUUGGAGAUAAGCCCCGCGGUCUUAUCGGGAGGCACGUUGAUAGACACAAUAAGCACUAUCGGCGUUCUCCAUCCGCAAGCAUACGCCCCAUUAAGCCGUGAAUUCAAGAAACAGGUGAUUAACAACCACGGAUUCACAUCUGCACCGCCUUACACAACCGAAGAUAAUCACACUCUGCAUACUUGUUUUUUUACUCCUAAUAAUACCACAAAACCCACCACCGUCCCGAUUGUCACCUUCACCUUCAAGGACAAUGUGAAAGUCGAUUUGGAUGCUUCUGGAACGCUUUUUGUGGUCAACAAAUCAAUAGUGUGCCUUGCUUUCCUCGAAAGUAAGUACUAUUCGUUUCCGGUGGUUUUCGCCAACACUCAACAGAAGACAUAUGAGGUGGUGUUUGAUGUCGCCGGAGGGAGAGUUGGGUUCCUCCCCAACCGUUGCCCUUGA